AUGGAGCUGGAACUGGAGUUCCGAGGAGCUGGGGCUGGUGCCUGGCCUACUGGGAAGUGGCUCCUCGGGACCGAGGUCCCCACGGGGAAUGAGGAGCAGGAGGAGGUGGAGGUCACCGAAGGGAAAGGCCAAGCCGGAAGCCUGCUGCGCUGGUUCUCCACCGUGAUCCUGUAUCUGGCCUUCCUCGGGCUGGGACUGGGUGCUGGCAUACUGGGACCCACAUUUCAAGAUCUGGCCACUAAUGUGAACCGCAAUAUCAGCAGCCUUUCUCUAAUAUUUGUGAGCCGGGCCUCUGGAUUUUUGUGUGGCUCCAUGAUUGGGGGAGUUCUUCUGGACCAUGUAAAUCAUUUUAUACUUAUGGGGAUAUCAAUGCUGGUUACCACAGCUAGUCUUUACCUAACUCCUUUCUGCAAGACCGCAGAAAUUCUGAUUGGCAUGAUGCCUGUCUUUGGUGCUUCCAUUGGCGUUCUUGAUACAGGUGGGAACGUGCUCAUCUUGGCUCUUUGGGGGGACAAGAGCCCCCCCCACAUGCAGGCCUUACACUUCAGUUUUGCCCUGGGUGCCUUCCUGGCUCCCCUGCUGGCUAAACUGGCGCUGGGCCCCACAGAGUCUGCUGACAACCACACAGAAACCGACUUUCUCCCUGCAGCCCUCAAUGCCUCUUCUGAAGCCGCCUCAGACCCUCUACUCGCAGCUCCCCAUGACAUGAACUUACUGUGGGCUUAUGCUUCCAUAGGCACUUAUAUUCUCGUAGUUUCUCUCCUUUUUUUUGCUCUGUUCUGCAUGAAAAGCUCAAGGCAGGGAAAAUCAACAGCAUCUGCUCAGCAAUCUCGAAGAGCUCAAUACCACAAGGCCCUUCUCUGUCUGCUUUUUCUGUUCUUCUUCUUCUACGUGGGGGCUGAGGUGACAUAUGGCUCUUAUAUUUUCUCCUUUGCCACCACCCAUGUUGGCAUGGAGGAGAGAGAGGCAGCUGGCUUGAACUCCAUCUUCUGGGGGACCUUCGCAGCCUGCAGGGGCCUGGCGAUCUUCUUUGCCGCGUGUUUACGUCCUGCCACCAUGAUUGUGUUGAGCAACAUUGGCAGCCUGGCCUCCUGUUUGUUUCUGGUGCUUUUUGACAGGAGCCCCCUUUGUCUCUGGAUAGCAACCUCCGUGUAUGGGGCCUCCAUGGCCACCACGUUUCCCAGUGGUGUUUCUUGGAUUGAACAGUACACCACCAUCAGUGGCAAAUCUGCUGCAUUUUUUGUGAUUGGUGCUUCUUUGGGAGACAUGGCUAUUCCUGCAGUAAUUGGAAUUCUUCAAGGGCAAUACCCAGAUUUACCAGUACUUAUGUAUACCUGCUUGGGGUCAGCAAUAUUCACUGCUAUUUUAUUUCCUGUGAUGUAUAAAGUAGCAACUUGGCCUCUGAAUCACCAGAGAAAAUAA